AUGAACAAAUUCUUGAGUCAUCAUAUAUUCAAGCCGGAGGAGGUUCAUCAGCCCACUAGUGACCCAGACCAAAGUAGCGACUCCAGUGUAAAGAAUGAAAAACCAGAGCCAGUAAAGUCCAAGUCCGCUAAACUGGAACCAGAGGUCCAAGAUUCCUCGUCAGAAAGUGAGGAACAAUAG